AAGUGUAAUUCUGCAUCAAGCCUGAAUUUUGGGAAAGAGACUUCAUAUAUAGUAUUAGGGACAACUAAGGCCGAUAUAAAAGCAUUCAAAAACCGCAUGUCGUGGGUUAGGGUUAUUUUAAAUUGGGAGAGGUGGUGGGAGGAGUCGAAAGCCCCCUUCCUCCCUGCAGCCCUGCCUGUGUCUCUCAUGUAGCCCGCCCACCUAAAACUUUGUUUUUGCAAGAAAUAUGGUGAAGUAAGACAAGUAUAUUUGGUUGGUUAGCAGUUAGAAUGAAGGUAGCUGUGGACUCAGGAGUUCAGACAAUGCCGUAACUAUUGAAACUGAACAGCUGUGAGGACGUUUUUCUUCUGUUCGCUUUAGUUCCCUUGGACACAUGAGUUCACAGGAAGUUGUUAACAAUUGCUUGAAUGUGUUAUCAGUCUUUCGAAAACUACGAUAACGGUCAACUGUAUGUAUAGAGUGUCAAACUCGUACCUGGCUGCACAAGCAUGGACAACGCGGUGGUGGAGGAUACACCUAGGAGAGUGUUCCUGGCCCGGAAGACCAUGAAGAUAAGUGACCGUCGACAGCUUGAGUCUCUUCACAACACUCGGCGUUCCUGGUCACUUCCCUUUCCCCCCCAGCCUCCCUCUCCCCCCCAGCCUCCCUCUCCCCCCCAGCAGCCUCUGCUGGUGAGGCCGGAGCCCCCGGAGGAGUCGGCGCCGGUGGUGGCUGAAGAUCCGACCGGGCAAGAGACGGCACGCCAGGACACAUCGUCGAGGACCGCGCGCGGUGCCGAUAAGCACCUGGUGGAGCGGGCGGCCUCCGCACGGGCAGUUCCAGCCUGGCGGUCAACGCACGGCGACACAUCUGACCCGUGUGGUGGAGGAGACGGUGCCGAGGAGUCUGGACCGGCGGAAGGGGAGGCGAGCGACGGCUGGGGCGAAGAAGAAGGAGGAGGACGGUCCCGCCAGGACGACGUCCCCCCUCCUUCCCCGCGGAACUCUGAGAAAACGCACGGUGAAGCCGCGGGAUCCCCCAUGCCGCCAGGCCACCGACCCGAGAUGGAUCCCGAGGACGUGAACCUGGAGCCGUCGGACCUAGAGAUGGUCCCUCUACCCUUCCCCCUCCCGCUCGUCCGCCUGGCCCCCUACACCUCCGUGCCGUCCUCCUCCACGACAUCGCCCACCCAUUCCCCCUUAAGCGAGAGCUGCGACCAGGAACUUCUGCCUGGCUCCCUGGUGCUCUCCGAGGAUGAGGACGACGUGUGGGAGGACGGGACGGUAGACGUCGAACGGCAGUGGGACUGCGAAGAGGAUUUCAACGCAGAAGGCGCUCCGGUGGAGGAGGAAGAAUGUUCCAGAGACGGAGGGGAGGGCGAAAAGGAAAGUGGCGUCGAGAAAGCGACGACGGGUGGAGGUGAACUGGAGGGCUUUCUUCUCUCCCACCGAGGAAGCCGAGCGGUGGAGAGCGAGGAGGGCCGAGACCGCGUUUGCCAGAGAGGGGAACAGAUGGAUACGGAGGAGGCGGUUAUAUUUGGCAAGAGCCCAGGAACCGAGGAAUUAAGUCAGGGGAGGAAGGGGCACCAAAAGAAGCCUCGAAGAAGUGGAGAGGGGGAUGGAACGGAAGAGGAGAUCCCUGAGAAGAGGUCUAGAAUGGACAGAGAGAGUGAUGGGGGUAACGUGGGGACAGGGAUGAUCGCAACGGAAGAUGAGGCGCUGAUGGAUGAAGAAGCCAGGCAGGUUGGGGGGAAAUGGAAAAUAGGUGGACAGGGACAUGGAGAAGGUAAGAUUGCAGAGAAGAAGCCUCAAGGUGAUGGAACACAAAAGGCGGGGAGAAGGUUGAGGGCGGAGGGAGAGGAUCUUGAAGCACACCUCGAACUAAAGAUCCCCAAUAGGGUUGAGAAUCACAGCAGACUUCAGAAGGUGAUAAUGGAGCUUGUGAGGGAACAGCUCAGAGCCUUGCAGCUGUCUCUGUUUGACCAGAGCCUGCAGGAGCUGAGAGACAGGCUGGAGAUACUGGAGUCCACCAGACACCAGAGUGUACUCCUCGCCCUGCAGGGUAAGAUGGCGCGUCUCUCCAAAAAGUGUGCGUCAAUAGCCGUCGGUCCAGACAAAGUGCACGACAGGAGAAGGGCUAAAGCCCCUCUCUCUCCGUGCCCCUCCCCCUGCUCCUCCUCCUGCCCCUCCUCCUGCUCCUCCUCCUGCCCCGGCCCCCUUCCCCACCUUCCCCACUGCCCCGCCUCCUACAAGACCUGCCCCGCCUCCAACAAGACCUGCCCCGCCUCCUACAAGACCUGCCCCGCCUCCUACAAGACUUGCCCCCCCUCCUACAAGACUUGCCCUGCCUCCUACAAGACUUGCCCCGCCUCCCACAAGACCUGCCCCGCCUCCUACAAUACUAUCCCCCCCUCCUACAAGACCUGCCCCGCCUCCUACAAUACUUGCCCCGCCUCCUACAAGACCUGCCCCGCCUCCUACAAUACUUGCCCCGCCUCCUACAAGACUUGCCCCGCCCCCUAUAAGACCCAGCCUCAGGCUCCCCCCCAUGUCCGCUCCUGUCCAACCAGAGGCCACCGUGGAGGGCAGGUUCUGGUCCCCUUGGUUGAUAACGGCAACAUGGUGCGACGGUUGACGAUGCUGCGUAUUCUCCAGAUCCUGGUCAUGUUGCAAGGUGAGGAGGCGACCCGCAGACUCCACCGUGUCCAAAACAGCGGUCGCACAGGCUCCUCGGACGGAACAUCGGUGGUGAUCGACCUGACUGAGGAUGAUGAUGGUGAUAAUGCUGAUGAUGUUGUUCUAGUUUCAGAAGCAGCCACAGAGAGGGGAGCGGUGGAGGGCCCGUCCCUUCCAGAGGCUUCUACUGAGGUCAAGAGACCAGGAGUGCCAAAGUCUCCAGCCCCUCUCACAUUUGCAUCCCUAUUGGCUGCACCGCAAAGGACCAUCACACCACCAUCCAAUGGCAUGACUGUCUCCGUGGUACCAAAGAAUGACAGCUUCCAGAACCGCCGUGCCGCCGCCGCUGCCCCCAACCGCGAGACCAGACGCCGCCCCCCGCUGCUCCCCUUGCAAACCUGCCCCGCCGCCCCCCGGCCCCCCCCCCGCUCCCGCCCCCCCCCCAGCCCCCCCGGCCCCCCGCCCUCGGGGGCGGCCCGCACCUCCCCGCCCCAGCGACCCCACCUGAGGCUGGCCCGCAUCCAGGACCACAACGGCAUCGCGCUCUCCUGGUCGGUGGCGGAGGUGGACCCGAGGUGCGCCCCCGUCGCCGGCUACCAGCUGUACGCCUACCACCACCCCGAGGCGCCCACGGAUCCGGCCCCCGCGCCCCCAUCGCAGUGGAGGAAGAUCGGGGAGGUGAACGCACUGCCCCUGCCCAUGGCGUGCACCCUCACGCAGUUUGCCCCGAGCGCCAGGUACUAUUUCGCCGUCCGCGCCCGUGACGUGUUCGGACGCUACGGCUCGUUCUGCGAGGCCCAGUGCUCCGACGCCGCCACCUCCACCGGCUAAGAAACCGGGGCUUGAUGGCGUUCCCUCAAGCGACAAACUGAGAACUCUUUUUACCCUAGUGUUCAAGGUUCAAAAUGACCAGGCAGUGUUUGUAAAUGGUUAUCCACAGUGUAUUUUAUAUUGGUAUUAUUUGCACAAUUACCUAAUACGGUGAAUGUAGUUUGAUUUGUGUUUCAAGUUGAUACAGUCUUGGUUUUUCUAUAAGUCAAUUUUUCGGCAGAUUUUGUAUUAUCUUUAUAUGUACAUCUGAAAAGUUUGUUUUGUGCCAUAACCCACUGGCCAAACUGAAAAAGACCCAAGUCUCUCUCAGUUGUGUCAUUUCCUGUGAGUUCAGCCACACAGGGGCAGUGUUGUGUCAGAGGAGCGUCAGCAAGUUGAGCCCAGGUCAAGAUCACUGUUGACGCAGUCAACCACAAACGCACAAUGACAUUGUCCUUUCAUCAAGUUCAUUGACUUGACUUGUAAAUGAAUCUUCUCAACACUUUUCCAUCUGAACUGACCUAGGAGGACGGUGAUCCCUUUAUCCAAGUACAAGUGGACUCUACAUUGAUUUGGUCCUUUUGUUCAGACGAAGGAACAUUUAAAGAAGUCAAAUGUCAUAUGUCUUCUUCCAGGGCUCCCAAGUGCAGUAUUUGGGGUUCAUUUCCUCUCCCUACAGAAGCCCUGGAAGAUAUACCCUCAGAAGAUUCAAUAAACACGUUCUAUAAAUACAGUGUUUUUG